UUCUAUUUGAAUGGUCAUCCAAAAAAGAUUCCUCCUCUAUACCUUUACCCACUCCAAUAAAUCAUCCAUAUUACAGCAUUCAUAUCACACUAUUCUAUAUUUUACUAAUAUUUUUUAACUACCCAUAUAUAUCUAAUGAUUUUUUAAGAGGCAUAUAUUUACAAUGGUUUGAAUAGGUGUUGGUUCGAUUUAAUUGCAGUUACCACUUUGAGAACACUGUGUACCACCUUUAAUCCUCUUUUAAAACCACAUCAGCCACAUUUACCUUAUCCUCUCGCUAAAAACAAAACAAAACAAAACAAAAUCCACCAAAUCCAUCGCUCCUGGGAGACCAACAGAUAGUGAGAGGCGGGCGGAGGAGCGACGGAGGGGAUGCGGCAGGAUGGCGCGGCCGACGGGGGCAGGGCGCCAUGGGCGGAGGUACAGCGGUGCAGGUGGCAGGGUGGCGCGGCGACACGGACGGAGUCGCGAUGGGCAACGCAAGCGAAGAAGCAGCGACGCCGGUUGAUUUGCAGUGGGGGCGGCACGGGCGGAGGCCGGAUGGUGGCGGGGCCUCCACUCCGGCGAUCUCCAGCACGAGCGAAGGAGCAGCGGCGCCUGCAGUGGGGGCGGCGCAGGCGGAGUCCGGAUGGUGGCGGCGCGCGGCGGAGGAGCAGUGGCGGGAGCAGUGGGGCGGCGCGGACGGCGGGGCCUCCACUCCGGCGAUCUCCAACUGCAGACCCGGUAUGUCCAUCCUCUCUAUUCCCCUUGGCACAGUUCGGAUGGUGGCGCGAGUUCGUCGGAGCUGGGCAGUUGGGGGAAUGGCGUGAGGAGAGAGAAACGCCAAAUAUGGCAUGGAGAGGGCUUGGUUUGGAGGACAUCUAAAAUGGCGUGUGUAAUGGAGACUCUGCUGGACCGUGUUUUUUCACCUCCAUACGCCAAACAUGGGAUGGAUGUCCGGAUGGAAGCUCUGCUGGGCUUGCUCUAAUUUCGAUCAGCGGAGGGCAGGUGAGGUGAGGUGCGUGUUGUGUGUGUGGGUGAUCUUUGGCGCGCCUCGUCGGCGAUAUUCGUACCAACAACUCCUUAGAUCCGCAAAAGAUUAUGGCAAAUUAUUGAUCGGUUUCAUGGGAGUACGAUCGAGUAGCUGUUUCCAAGAGCCUUAUCCUUUCGUUGGAGAAAGCAUGAUUUUUCCAUGCUUUUGGUCCCGUACUAGCCCGGAAUUGUGUCAUGUACAUGGGCUACUGUGAUGUCCUUCCAGGAGGCUAGACAAGUGGGCUGGCUUUGGGCCCAUUCGGCUAGGGAGAAGGAGACUAGAAAAGAGGCAAAGCAGCCAGCAGCCAGGGUCAUCGAUGAAUCAAUUACCAGAACGCCUCAGACGAUAGCUUCUUCCUCCUUGCUGCUGCUUCCCCUCUCAAUUCCUAUUCUCUAGUCCCAAUCUCCUGCUUCCUCUUGUCUGAUCUCUCUUCCUAGACUAUACCUCUCUUUCUCCUCAAUUUUGUAUCCCUAAACACUUAUAUUCUUGAGUAGAUUGUAAUAUAUCGGUGGCAUUUAUGUGAGAGAUUUGGUGUGAUUGUGUUGGUUCGUGACAAUAUGGUAUCAGAGCAGUCAAUUCGUGGGGUUUCUGGUGUGGAGAUGAAGUGGGAGAGCGCUGGUGGUCAGAGGAACUGCCAACAACUUGGUGGUGGUGUCUUUGGAGGAGAUGCCCACCACCUGUUCGAUGAAAUGUCGACCUGUCCAAGAGGCGAUUCAGCUGCUGUCCUUCGCGUCACCGUGAGCCAGAUCAUAUAUCCAGUGACAUCUGAGGUGUUGCAUCAAGUGUACAAUACCUAUGGAGCAGUGGCGGUGCAGGUUCUUGCAGUGAGCACAUGGCAAGUCAAGGCUCUUGUGUCAUUUAUGUCCAGCCAUGACGCGGAGAGGGCUCGGUCCGCCACCCACGGUCGCGACAUCUACGACGGGGGCUGCUUAAUGGAUGUGCAGCACGUCCAGAUGUUCCCUGGAGAUGGCGCCACCACCACGCACACCACCUGUUUGACAAUGGUACCAAGUAGCGCCACCGCCAGGCCAGCGGCCAAGAGUACUGCUGCUACACCAGAACGCGUGUUCCCUGCUACAACAGCUUCAUCUAUACCCUCAAUUACAUCAGCAGCCAUGGUGACAUCGGUUCCUUUCAACGAGACCAAGAAGGCUGAGACUGACAUGGACAAGGCGGUAGAGAACUUAGACAAGACCAUUCAAGACCUGUGCACCAAGAUCGAUCGGAUGCUGGAGGCAUUUCGCCACACCAAGGUGGAUUUAUCCUUGAGCAAGGAUUCCACUAGAGAUGUGGCAGCGUUGAGCGCCAACACUGAUCCAACUUCCAUCGCAUUGGAGGUCAGUACAGAGGCCGGCUCAACUAACCAUGUUGACACAGCCAAGCUUGGCAUGGGAACAACCAUCGAGUGUUCAAUGAAGUGUGAGAACCAGUUGGCUGAUGAUGAUGGUGGCAAAGACAUGGCCAAGGAGGAGUGGAUGGAGCUCAUGGAAGUAGAUACCAAGUUCACCACUAUGUAUUUAUGCUUCAGAGAUCCAUUGUUAAUCAUCAAUGCAAUUCCUCCCAGGAACUGGAGUUGGUGCUUGAGCCGUGACUACUUUGGAGUUGUCGGCCUCUCUUUCGUUUCAUUGAAAUUGGAAGUACUCUAUGGUUGCUUUGACCGGAGCUCAGAAUACACAGCUAGCCCUCCACCAGUACCACCUUGGAGAGCAGCAAUUCCACGGAACAAAGCUGAGAUGACCUCAGGUUCUCGGCCGUUACCAUGGCUUGAUCCACAGCUUUGUCAAGGCAGCGGAGGCGUGGUGGUAAAACUCUUACAACCCUGGCCGCCACUUAUUCAAACAAGUGUUUGAGCUGAAAUUGAAACACUGAAUUUAUAUGGUGAGUCUCAUCAAGUCUCCUUGAACUACAGCGUUGCCCAAUUCAUGAGUAGAACAAUUAAUUCCACUGAGGGCUUGCUGCAAAAUCUGAUUGUUGGAUGGUGUAUUUGGUAUGAGAUAUGUCUCUCUGGUGCCUUUAGGAAGGCCUAUCAGCACACACAUCAUUCAACCUAUGGUUGGGCAUAUGGGGAUCAUGAAUUGUUCUUGCUGCUGAUGCUGAUUUCCCAUCUAUCACCCGAUGCAUGGUGUGAUUGUUUGUUCAGUGGAGCUAAUGUUGAUGGUAAUUGCACUUGCAAGUCACAUGAGAGACGUACCCAUCGCCAUGCUCGGUUCUAUACUAUUCCAAUUUCAUUUCAGGUUCAGAGUAACAACAAUGAUGUACUAGAUGAUACUUCUUGGACUCAAUUUGGAUCAAACAAUGGUGAGGCAUUUAGGGUUUCAACAAGAAAGUUGGUCAACUUGCAACCUUGGCCUCCUCCUUCGCAAUGGAGGAGUGAGGUAUUCAGUUUGUGUGCAGCAGGAGGGCAAGGGCUCAAUUUUUCUUGGAAGUGUAUAUCUGAAGGGAAACUAAUGUUAUGGACAAAUGUGAAAGUUAUUAGAAGAGAAUAUACAAACAAGGUGUUAUGGCUGUCAGUUGCCAAUUCUUGGGAUUUAAUAUGGGCAGUGCUACAACAGUUGCUAUGUACAUCUGAGCUUAUUCUUCAAUGGAAUAAUUAACAUGGGCAGACACAUGAGCUAUUGUUACAAAGGGAGCAGCUGAAACUUGGUGCAGUCCAUCUCAGUUUGGAAGCUAGCACUUUCAGUAAGAAUUCUCGUGGAAUAGAACUGGUUAAAUGUUCAGAGAGAUGCCUCAUUUGUUUAGUUUGUGAGGACAGCAUAGUCUUGCACACAUGGGCCUAUCGAGUGGUUAAAUUAGUUGAUGCAAGAUUGGUUGGUGAUCAAGGUAAAACCAUACAAUUUUUAGCAAUUUGGGAGUUUGCAAACAAAGAAGUAGCUCUCAUUCAGACAAAGAAGCAUAUGCAUGUUUCUCAGCCCACUGAUCUCAAUAUUUGCAUGUUACAUCUGGGCUCUCAUGGAGUAUAUGCUGAUAGUAGUGGUGAAGAAGGCGUGAAGGCUUGGUGGUUGAGGCAGCAAAAGCAUGGUAGAGAGUGUGGUUGUAAUGCUCAGGUUUUAUGUAUGUUGGAUAAGUGGAUUCAACAGUGGGCAGGGUCUACAUCAGAUGGUUCGAAGGUCAUCAAACAAUUGUUCUGGGAUUCUGCCCAACAAGGCAUUUCCCUGCAGGUACCUUGGGAUCUUGGGGGCAUUAAUCUGGCGAGUCAGUUGCAUCGGCUUGGGGACAAGCCGAUUCUUAACGGGGGAAGAAUGUCAUGUACAUGGCCUGCUGUGAUGUCUUUCCAGGAGGCUAGACAAGUGGGCUGGCUUUGGGCCCAUUCGGCUAGGGAGAAGGAGACUAGAAAAGAGGCAAAGCAGCCAGCAGCCAGCAGCCAGGGUCAUCGAUGAAUCAAUUACCAGAACGCCUCAGACGAUAGCUUCUUCCUCCUCCUUGCUGCUGCUUCCCCUCUCAAUUCCUACUCUCUAGUCCCAAUCUCCUGCUUCCUCUUGUCUGAUCUCUCUUCUCAAACUAUACCUCUCUUUCUCCUCAAUUUUGUAUCCCUAAACACUUAUAUUCUUGAGUGGAUUGUAAUAUAUCGGUGGCAUUUAUGUGAGA